AUGUGCAGGCCACUGAAGGCGCCGCACAACGACGUCAUCGCGUUGAGCAGUGUGCCCAGCAACUUCACGCAGUCCGUCCUGGGAGCGGGAUCCACGGAGGAGAAGGGUGAGAAUGCCCGCCUGUCCUCCUUCGUCGGCGCCAUGGCCAUCGCGGACCUGGUGAAGACCACCCUGGGACCCAAGGGCAUGGACAAGAUCCUGCAGAGCAUGAGCCGAGGUCGGGAGGUGACGGUGACCAACGACGGCGCCACCAUCCUGAAGUCUGUCCACGUGGACAACCCCGCCGCCCGCGUCCUCGUAGACAUCUCCAAGACGCAGGACGACGAGGUGGGGGAUGGGACCACAUCGGUUGUGGUCCUGGCGGGCGAGCUGCUGCGCGAGGCGGAGGCGCUGGUGGGCCAGAAGAUCCACCCCGCCAUCAUCAUCGCGGGGUACCGCGAGGCGGCGGAGGCGGCGCAGCGCCGCCUGCAGGCCAUCUCCCUGGACCACAGCGGCGACGAGGUCGCCUUCCGCGCCGACCUGGUCAACAUCGCGCGCACCACGCUGUCCAGCAAGAUCCUGACCUCCGACAAGGACCACUUUGCGGAGCUGGCGGUGGACGCGGUGCUGCGCCUGCGCGGCUCGGGCAACAUGGACGCCAUCCAGGUGAUCAAGCGUGUGGGCGGGACGCUGCGCGAGUCCUACCUGGACGAGGGCUUCAUCCUGGAAAAGGCGGUGGGCAUCGGCCAGCCGCGCCGCGUGGAGAACGCCAAGAUCCUGGUGGCCAACACGCCCAUGGACACCGACAAGAUCAAGAUCUACGGCGCGCGCGUGCGCGUGGAUGGCAUCGACAAGGUGGCGAGCAUCGAGGCCGCGGAGAAGGACAAGAUGAAGCAGAAGGUGGAGGCCAUCCUGGCCCACGGCGCCAACUGCUUCACCAACCGCCAGCUCAUCUACAACUACCCCGAGCAAUUGUUUGCGGAUGCGGGGGUCAUGGCUAUCGAGCACCUUGACUUUGAUGGCACAGAGCGGCUGGCCCUUGUGACAGGUGGCGAGAUCGUGUCCACCUUUGACGACCCCACCCGCGUCAAGCUGGGGGAGUGCAAGCUGAUCGAGGAGAUCAUGAUCGGCAACGAGCGCAUGAUCCACUUCUCCGGCUGCAAGCUGGGCGAGGCCUGCACCAUCGUUCUCCGGGGAGCAAGUCAGCAUGUGCUGGACGAGGGGGAGCGCUCCCUGCAUGACGCCCUCUGUGUGCUGGUCCAGACGGUCAAGGACUCGCGGGUCGUGUACGGCGGCGGCUGGACCGAGACGCAGAUGUCCCUGGUGGUGGAUGACCUGGCUGCGAAGACCCCUGGCAAGCGGUCCCUGGCCAUGGAGGCCUUUGCACGUGCCCUGCGCGCCCUGCCCACCAUCAUCUGCGACAACGCGGGGCUCGACUCCGCCGACAUCGUGAGCCGGCUCAGGGCUGCCCACGCAGCGGCGCCAGAUGCCUGCCGCGCCGGCAUCGACAUCGAGAAGGGCACCGUCGGAGACAUGCAGGAGUUGGGCAUCUUCGAGUCCUACAAGGCCAAGAACUCGGCGCUGAUGAGCGCCACUGAGGCGACGGAGAUGAUACUCAGGGUGGACGACAUCAUCAAGGCCGCCCCCAGGCAGCGGCAGGGUUGA